GCUUAAAGUAGCAGCUACGUCAACCUGAUUUUUUUUUUAAUAUUCCGUGUCCUCCAGGGCUACAACAACAACUACCACCACUUUAAAUCCAUAAACACUUGACCCCUAUGGACCAUCCUGUUGUACGACGGGAGUCCUCACCACAUCUGCAAUGUGGCCCACACAGGAUAAAAGGCGAUGUAUAAUUACCAUACUUUCGCCUGCGCUUCUAAUAGCAAGCCGUGCAUUUGCUCAACCUGACUCGAAUCUUCCCAUCACCCAAGAUGUCGCAAAGCCCUCGUCGAGUAUAGCGACAGCCGAGCCUACCUGCGAAUCGAGAACAGUGAACUACAUUACGCAUACGUUGCCUCAGCAGUGUCUAACAUCUGCGCCUUCGGCCUUCUCGACUCCAGGGUCCGUUAGCGCUACAGUUACGCCUUCUGCUACCGACCCGACUUCUACCCCUAGCAGCGAUGCCGACCAUGAAGAAGAGCUGGACGCCGACGGCAAUGAUCUGAGCACUGGCGCUUUCAUGUCCUUCGAGGAAUGGAAGGCCAUGAUGCUCGAGAAAUCGGGCCAAGAAGCCCUAGAGCCCAGACAUCGCAAGACCAAAGAGACGCAUGGCGAUUACCCAGCGGAUGACUUUGACAGUCUAGGAGACGAAGGUGAAGUAUCGCUCGACUUCGACGCCUAUUCGGACAAGAUCUCUGAGCUCGCAUCGUCUACGAAACCGUCGCAAAAAGAGAAGGAUAAGGAGAGGCAGGUCGAGAAAGUGAGCUAUGACGAGGGGCUGGCCCAGAGUUAUCGGAGUAAAGAUGCGGGGACGACGUGUAAGGAGAGGUUUUCAUACGCCUCAUUCGACGCUGGUGCGACGAUAAAGAAGGCAAACCCUGGUGCUAAGAACCCCAAGGCCAUCCUAGUCGAGAACAAGGACUCGUACAUGCUCCUAGAGUGCGCUAUGAAGAACAAAUUCGUCAUUGUCGAACUGAGCGACGAUAUCCUAGUUGAUACUGUUGUCAUAGCUAACUUCGAGUUCUUUUCGAGUAUGUUACGCCACUUUCGAGUCAGUGUGAGCGAUCGCUAUCCCGUCAAAGAGGAGAAAUGGAAGGUAUUAGGCACUUUCCAAGCCCGUAAUUCCAGAAACAUCCAACCGUUUCUAGUUUCGAACCCCCAAAUCUGGGCUAAAUAUCUACGGCUCGAGGUCUUGACCCAUUAUGGUAAUGAGUAUUAUUGCCCAGUCUCCUUAUUACGAGUUCACGGCACGCGCAUGCUUGACUCGUGGAAAGAAGCAGACCCUGCCGAUCUUGAAGUUGAAGAUGAUGGUAGCAAGACAGUAUCUGAAGCUACCGAGGAAACUGUCGAGGUGACCGAAGUUGAGCUCGAGGAAGUCGAAGUGGUCAAACCCUCCCAUUCCGAGAACCAGGUGGUAAACUUAGAGCAGAGUGUUUUUAUCCCUUAUUGGGAUAAGUCAUAUUUCUACUAUAAAUACCCCUUUGACUUGACGUGCACCGUUUCUGAUGCGAAAGGGUUUGCAUCCAAUGCUAACGAGGAGCACGCUCGAAACACAACCGAGGCCGAACUCCAAUCUACAGAGCCUACAGAAACCACAUCUACAGUCAACUCAGGUACAUCUUCUUCUGGAGCACCAACAACACAGUCUUCCAGCCAGGCAAUCACCGAUUCGGGGAGAACGACUUCUCCUAGAGACUCGAGUGAGACGUCAGGAAGCACGACUAUUGAGAAUUCUUCAGAGUCGGUAUCUAGCACGACGUCCACCCCUGAUGCAAAAUCAGUCACCGCAACCCCACCAGCAACACCUACUACCAUCACGCCCCCAAGCCUCGCCAAGACAGCCACCGCGCAGUCGUCGCCUAAGAGCCGGACUCCCGCCUCCACAUCUCUUAAACCACCUUCCUCACGGUCUACUGUCGUGCCCAAAGGUCAGCCCUCCGGUACCCCCACGGCGCCACGCAAUAAAACCGGAACAGUCACAACGUCAUCACCCGCCUCUGCCCCCACGAUCCAGGACUCGUUCUUCAAGGCGCUUAACAAGCGCAUCCAAGCCCUCGAGUCCAACACCACUCUCUCGCUACAAUACAUUGAGUCGCAGUCGCGCUUCUUACAGGAAGCCCUCGCGCGCCUCGAGCGCCGGCAGGUUGCUAAGGUGGACCUCUUCCUCGACACUCUGAAUAAAACCGUACUGGGCGAGCUGCGUGAAGUACGCACGCAGUACGACCAGAUCUGGCAAUCAACCGUAAUCGCCCUCGAAACCCAACGCGAGCAAUCCGAGCGCGAAAUCGUCGCUCUCUCCUCCCGCCUCGGCGUCCUAGCCGACGAAGUCGUCUUCCAGAAACGCAUGGCCAUAGUCCAAUCCGUCCUCCUCCUCGGCUGCCUCGUCCUUGUCAUCUUCUCUCGCGGCGGCAUCGCCUCCGUCGCCGCCGACGCAUACUACCCCAGCGAGCGCUUCCUCGGCGCCGUCUCCCCCUCCAGACUCGUCGCCUCCCCUCUCUUCCCCUCCCCACCUCAACCCCGCCCACAGCCGCACCAACACCACACUCACCACCGCCCCAACCCCGACGUCCCCCUCCUCUCCGUCGAAGAAGCAAGCCCCGAGACCCGUCCCCGCCGCAGCUUAAGCCAAACCACCGAAUCCUCCUCAUCCUCCCUCCGCCACCGUCCUCGAAGAAACUCCCGCGCCACAUCCACCGAAUCAGUAAGCCGCCACCCUCAACCCUCAACCGAGUCCGCGCCCGCCUCUUCCGCGAGUCUCUUCCGCGCCGCCACCCCGUCGAGCAUCGACAUGGGCUACGACUCCGAGCCCGCCAUGACACCUACCAGGGGCGACGAAAACCACGGUAGCAGGAACGGGGACGGGGAAUACUACGCGACGAGCGCUGAGGAUAUGGCCGCUGGAAAGGGCGGCAUGGGGCCCAGCUAUUCAGAAGCGUUAGCCAGGAAGUCGGAGAGACAGCUGACGCCUUCCUCGGACGUCGAUGGCGCGGAGUAUAUGCCUAUGUCGAGCAGACCGCCCUUGACGCACAGCACUUCGGCGCGGAAACCCUUGCCCGCCCUACCGGAGGAUCCCGAUUAGAAUAUGUAUACCUAUGGCAUGCGUAUCAGUACUACCAGCAUCUAUGAGAGUCAGCCGUUUACUCCUUUUCAUGCACACUCAAAAUGUAACGAAGCUUAGUUAUACGGAAUCACUCGAUAUUAGCUAUAUUAACCCAUUGAACAAUUGCUCCUAGCCUAAAAUCAAAUCGCCGCCGCAAACUUGGAUUUGAAAGGCGUAUUUGUCCCGUAGAUGCUGGUCGGUUAAUCGACCACGCAUCAUGGUGAUGUUAAUUGCAUGGGUAAAGAACCUCUCUAUCUGUCAAAAAUUGCAUUCGAAGGAUUCUCGCUCACGUAUCGAACGUGAACGAGCUGUUGCGUUGCCUGUGUUAAAGACUCUUGAUAGUCGCCUGGUCCCUUCUUGAACCAUGCGCAAACCCCGAGGACGACUCAAGAUCAGUAGGCAUCAUAUCUUCGUCGCUGAUAAGUUAAGAAGGUUCCAUAGUCCAUAUCUUGACGAAGGAUUAAUCUGUUAUUGGAAAGGG